AUUAAACCGGCUUAUGAUCCGCGUUAUAUUAGCGCAUCUCGGUGUUGAGUUCAGCAGCCGCCGGUGAUCUCUGCGGCACGGAUCCGGUCGCCGUGAUUGAUUUGAUCGAUUAGAGGUCAUUGAUGUGUGCUGUAGGCCGCGGCCCGUGAACACGCUCCGUCAGGACGGAAGCGGACGUCAGUGGGAGCACCGUUACCGGAGAGGAUGAGACGCUACUCGUGAUGGAGGACUGGAGCGACUGUUUGGAUGUGGCCGUGCAGAUCGCGCUCAGGGCCGGACAGGUGGUUCAGUCAGCGGUGAAGCAGGAGAAGCAGGUGAGCAGCAAGAGCACACCAACAGACCUGGUGACGGAGGCAGACCAUCAGGUGGAGGAGCUCAUCAUCUCCACCCUCAGGGAGAAAUACCCCUCACACAGGUUUAUCGGUGAGGAAUCGUCUGCUGCUGGAGUGAAGUGUGAACUGACAGACCACCCUACGUGGAUAAUCGAUCCCAUCGACGGGACGUGUAACUUUGUGCACAGUUUCCCCAUGGUGGCAGUGAGCAUCGGCUUCGCUGUAAGGAAAGAGCUGGAGCUCGGCGUCAUCUAUCACUGUUUCGAUGGGACUCUGUAUACGGCCAGGAGGGGACACGGAGCCUUUUGCAACGGUGUGCGCCUACAGGUGUCGAAAGAAAAAGACGUGUCGAAGGCCCUCAUUCUCACAGAGAUCGGCGCCAAGAGAGACCCUGCAACCCUGGAUAUCUUUUUAGGAAAUAUGAAGAAGAUGUUGAGCGCCCCUACACACGGUGUGAGGAUCAUCGGCAGCUCGACGCUAGCGCUCAGUCACAUCGCUAGCGGCGCGGCCGAGGCCUAUUACCAGUACGGUCUGCACUGCUGGGACAUCGCAGCGGCCGCGGUCAUCAUCAGAGAGGCCGGCGGACACGUCAUGGACACCACAGGAGGCCCGCUCGACCUCAUGUCCAGACGGGUGGUGGCCGCUGGGACGCGUCAGAUCGCAGACUAUGUGGUCAAGCAGCUGCAGCCCAUAAACUACGGCCGUGACGACACUGACCCCUGAGUGACCUCUGACCCCAUCCCAAGCCUUUUACCUCGGAGCACACAAUCCUGCCACACCACAGCUGCAGUCUCCUUUUAACACCUCCAUCCGUUAACAUCCUCUGAUUUCUGUGUUCGGUCACUGGAAACAGAUUAAUUGUAAUCACUGGAACCAUAUUUAACUUUGUCCACCUUGUAGUUUAUGAAAUAGCUUGAUCCAUGGAAAUAAGGUUGGCAUGUGAAACACUGGACGUGGCUUCAGAAGCCUUGAAAUCACAAGGAUGCUGAAGAUGCCAAGCUCAGCCCGAUUGAUUUUACAUUAGGAGAUGGAAAUAUCUGCUUUGGAUCGAAGACGAGCAGCUGGUUAUGAUUCCUGCAGAUAUUACAGUCGUGAAAUACUCGCCGCUAAUCAGAUCACCACUCAGGAAUUAAACUGUUAGUUUAGAUAGAGCUGAAGAUUACCUAGCUGUCUGUGAACAAACGCUGAUCAAACCCUUCGCUAAUCAAUCAAACAUAUUCCUGGAAAAUAUCUUAACGUCAUUAAAUGUUUUUAAUGAAGCCUCAUCAAGGCUGUAUUUAUUUGAUCUAAAAACAAACUGUAAAAACAGUAAUAUUGUGAAAUAUUACAAUUUGGAAUAACUGUUAAAUGAUUAAUG